CAGCCCAAUGCCUGGUGACUAAAAGCACAGAGGACGGGGCGGGAUCACAGCUGCUAAUAAUACCUUCUUAUCCAAUGAAAAACAUUUCCUAUUGAGACCCCCAAGAGUUCCCCCUGCCCACUGAUCCUGCAUAGACAUUGGGCCUUUUCUUGCGUCCUGUUUCCUAAGGCGUGAUGGCUGCAACAUUCAGCAGUUUUUCUCCCCUAACAAAGGAAUGGAGAUAACUGCUGGUAGCCUCACAUUUUAAAGGAUGAACGACAAUCAGUAAACAGCUAGAGCAGGCAGAUUUUACUUAUGGGAUUAAACAAACCUGCAUUUAAAAAAAAUGGAUAAGUCUGUGGACUGCCAGAGAGGAAUCCUGAGAUCUGCUAACUAGGUAGCUGACUGGAGGCAUGAUAUCUCUAGUCUGUAUCUCUUGGAUUUUAGGGGGAGAUUUAUUUCAAGAUGUUGCCAACUCUGACUGAAGCUGUUCUGGGAGAUUCUUCCCCCCGCCCCCCAACAUGAGGAUGACAGGACAUCACAAAUAUGAGGCGCCAGAGCUUCAAGCCACAACAUUAGAAUUCUUAAGGAAGAGUGCUCUCACUGACUUAUUUUAUGGAUGCCACUGAAUUCAGCUUUGAAGGGCUCCAAAAACACAUCACAGACCUGGAAUGGGAAACCACAGCAAUAAUCAUACCUGUUUGACAGAUGAUUCCUUUAAAUACAACCUGUAUGGGGCCGUAUACAGCGUGGUAUUCAUCCUUGGCUUGAUCACAAACUGUGCCUCUUUGUUUGUUUUCUGCUGUCGAAUGAAAAUGCGAAGCGAGACAACUAUUUUCAUGACAAACCUUGCCGUCUCUGACUUGCUCUUUGUAUUCACUUUGCCUUUUAAAAUAUUUUAUAAUUUCAACAGGCACUGGCCUUUUGGGGACACUCUGUGCAAGAUUUCAGGGACUGCAUUUCUCACCAACAUAUAUGGCAGUAUGCUGUUCCUCACCUGUAUUAGUGUCAACCGUUUUCUGGCUAUUGUCUACCCAUUCAGAUCUCGUACCAUUCGGACGAGGAGAAAUUCAGCCAUUGUGUGUGCAGGAGUCUGGAUACUAGUCCUCAGUGGAGGAAUUUUAGCCUCAUUGUUCUCCACAACCAACGUCUCCAACACUAGCACAACCUGCUUUGAGGGUUUUUCCAAAAUUGUUUGGAAGACCUAUUUGUCUAAGAUCACUAUAUUUAUUGAAGUGGUAGGAUUCAUAAUUCCUUUGCUAAUCAACCUCACGUGCUCUUCACUGGUUCUGAGGACUCUCCGGAAACCUGCUACAUUAUCUCAGAUUGGGACAAACAAAAUGAAAGUACUAAAGAUGAUUAUUGUGCAUGUGGCCAUUUUUGUAGUAUGCUUUGUGCCCUACAAUUCCAUACUUUUCUUAUAUGCUCUUGUGCGCUCUCAAGCCAUAGCAAACUGCUCUUUGGAGAGAUUUGCUAGGACAAUGUACCCAAUCACAUUAUGCAUUGCAACAAUGAAUUGCUGCUUUGACCCCUUCAUUUACUACUUCACAUCAGAAUCUUUUCAAAAGUCUUUCAAUAUACACCCCCAAAUACAAAUGGACUCCAUUUCCAAGACUGAAACACCUCUAACAAUGAAGACCGCACUGCCUGCAAUACAGGAGGAAGUGAAUGACCAGGCUAUUACAAAUGGAGGUGAUCCAAUUGCUGAAUCACAUUUCUAAUGGCUUGUCUACAUACAGAGUUAUUCCUCAUUAAUUAUCCCUGAUUCACUCCCAGAGAUGAAAGUAGGCUGGUACGGGCCAGUAUGGUGUACCAGUAAGAAGCCAGUACCAGCCCAUAUGUAGCCGACCUUAAAGUGCUGCCAUGGCAGUGCUUUAAUGUCUCUGCCACUUUUGCCCCCCGUCAGCAGCCCUGCUAGAAGGAUCCUAUUGGCAGGGCAGGCAAAAGAGGCAGCUGGCCUGGGGCCGGUGAUUUAAAAAAGGUGAUUUAAAAGGGCAUCAGUGGCCAGAGCCCCGAGCCCUUUUAAAUCGCCGCUGGAGCCCCAGGUGGCACGGGCCAGGCAGCAAAGAUGGGCUGGCUGGGGGACGCUGACCUCCAGCCCAGCUCCUUCCACGGGCCCAGAGCCAGGCCCCCAUACUGGUAAGUGUUUAAUAUUACUUUCACCCUUGUUCACUCCACAUAUGGAUAGUCUUAUUCCAGAAUAAGAAUGCCUUGUUCCUAUUUAGCUUAACUCACCUGAACUUAGCUUUCAAAGUGUCCACACAUGGAGUUAAUCAGAGAUUUCUCCAUGUGCAGAUAAGCCUGUCAGAUAACAGAUUUCUCAAUUUUGAGAACUCAAGAUAUGUAAGUCCAGGUAGAUCGUUCUCUGGAGAUUAUUUAUGGAGAAAACGGAGCGGAUUUUUGCAUUGAACGAUGCCAACAUUUGGUAUGUUUUCCUAGGAUUAAACAUGGGACCAAUCGGGAAAUAUAAAAACUUUAUCUUACUUUGGAAAUCAGUCAAUUUUUUCCUUCCUUCUGAAAAUACAGGAUAUGUUAAGUCAAUUUCACACAUGUGUAUGUUUUCUUUCAAACAUAUAAUAAAAACUUUCAGCUUUACUAUGAGUGUAUAUUCUGGGUUUACUAGCUACGGGGUUCUUUUUAAAUGAGAGUAGGUAUGGAUUGGUGUGGAGUUUAAUUAGUUCUCUUACAGAAUGCAGAAAAUGGUGGUUUGUUGUACUAAUAAUAGGAAAGAACAAAUUAAAGGACUUUGAUAUACAAAGUCACCUGCAAACUGCUGUAUUCUUUUGAGCUGCAUGAUUAAGUUAGCUUUCAAUUGAUUUUAGCACUGUAUUAAACACCAACUGUAGAUAAAAGAAAAAGCAUAUUACAGCAUUGUUAAGACUGGUGUUUCUACAGCCCAUGAUGUUACUGCAAAGUACAAGACCAGUCCUUACCCAACACAGUCAGCUCAAAGAAAGGAUCUGAUCCCACAAAGUUCUUGCUCCAGCAACUCUCAAUAGCA